GGCGCAACUCCAAAUGCCAACUGGCCGUGGGAGAACCGGACCGUCUUUCGAUUUCCAAUUUCUCUCUCUCUCUCUCUCUUUCUCUCCUCUAUCUCUCUCUCUCAUUUCACGGUCCGAGAAAGCGAGCAAUCAGAUAAUCGUCGUCCCUGAAUUCGGAUUGGACAUAUAUAAACGAUGGCCUGCAGAGGGUGCUUCGAGUGCCUAUUGAAGCUCCUGAACUUCCUCUUGUCCCUUCUGGGUCUUGCGAUGGUGGGCUAUGGGAUUUACUUGUUGGUUGAGUACUCGAGAUCUUCCAGUGAUAUUCCAAGUCCUCCGUUGAGCGGUGAUCAUGAUCUGGUACAGCUUGGUCGACCAAUGCUAAUGGCUGUGUCUCUGUCCUCUAACGUCUUUGAUAACCUUCCAAAAGCAUGGUUCAUAUACUUGUUCAUUGCUGUUGGAGUAAUUCUCUUUGUUGUCUCUUGUUUUGGGUGUAUUGGAGCUACAACACGUAAUGGAUGCUGUUUAAGUUGUUAUUCAGUUUUGGUGCUUCUACUGAUUUUGUUGCAACUAGGAGGUGCAGCCUUCAUAUUCUUUGACAAACACUGGAGAGAUGAAAUUCCUAGAGACAAAACAGGAAACUUUGAUAAGAUCUAUGAAUUCCUGGACGACAAUUGGGAUAUGAUCAGAUGGGUUGCAUUGGGAGCUGUCACUUUUGAGGCUCUCCUUUUCCUGUUUGCUCUUGUGGUUCGUGCUGCAAACAGACCUGUAGACUAUGACAGUGAUGAUGAGUACAUUGCUCCAAGGCAACAAAUCCGACAACCAUUGAUCAAUAGGCCUGUGGCUCCUGCGACAGGUGUGCCUGUUGCUGGGACACUUGAUCAGCGACCAAGCCGAAAUGAUGCUUGGAGUGCACGAAUGAGGGAAAAGUAUGGGCUGGAUACUACCGAGUUUACAUACAACCCGUCUGAAUCUCACAGGUUUCAGCAAGUUGCCGCACAGCCAGUUGAAGAAAAGAGCCGCUGCACCAUCAUGUGACAAAGUAUGUCUUGUAUUAUUUGUUUCUCGCUCGACUGUAGUGUUUUAGCGGGUCGGUUGUUUGUUCCGCAUGUGUAUAACCAAGAGGUUUUUUCGGAGUCUGUACUUGUGUAACCUGAACUUUUCAUAAGAAAAAAAGUUGUGACUAUCUGUUGUGUGAAAA